AUGAGAUUCCGAAGGUCUGUCAGUAUCUUAGGUCUGAUAUUCCUCAUUGGAGCCACGGUUCUCUUCUUGAAAAGGUCAAAUCCAUUGGUCGACCUAACAGUCCCGAACCCUCUUACACACGAUAGUGAUGCGCCAAAUCUUCCUAUCAGCACACAAUCACAUCCCAUUGCUCGGCUGAUCUCCCAGGCCGAGAUUUCUUUCAAGACCAUUCAAACGCGCCAGUCAACUUCUCUAAAGGAUGCUGUCGCAGAAUACCGUCGCAGGUACAGGGCUCCACCGCCGCCAAAUUUUGACAAAUGGUAUAACUACGCGAAGAAAAGGGGCGUCCAGAUAAUUGACGAAUAUGACACGAUUUACCAUUCGCUUCUACCAUUCUGGGCGCUUGAGCCUGCGGUGCUGCGGAACAGGACAAGAGAGGCGAUUGGCUUUGAUAAUGCUAUGAUCGCAGUCAUGAUUCGGGAUGGAAAAGUCACAAAGAUCGAAGGUGGUGGGGACCGUGCAGAGUGGCACAGAAACGCUACGAGAGACAUGCUGCAAGGUUUUGUCCAUUAUCUCCCUGAUAUGGACUUGGCUUUCAAUGUGCACGAUGAACCCCGUGUGGUCCUGCAGCAUGACGAUUUGACCCGUUAUGUUCGAAUUGCCACGAACGUGAACAUACCUCUUGCUUACAAUAACGCUCAAUUAUCAAACAGAUGGUCAAGCCGUCCAGCCGAUCUGGGUGAUGGCACCCGCAUCGAGGAGUACAAAACUACCCGCUUCAACCGGUUCGCGCACCAACCUACCUGGACUACUUCGCGUCUCUCCUGCCCUCCUGAAAGCGCGGCUAGAUCUCUCUCAGAAUCGGUGGAAGAUAACUUUACAACAUACACGUCGUCUCCAUUGGGUUUCGUCGAGAACACCACUGCCUUCUCGGACAUUUGCAAUUCUCCAAGUUUACAACGUACAUUUGGCUUCUUUGAUCGUCCAAACGCAUUCGACGUGACCCAUGAUCUCUUCCCCAUCUUCUCGCAAUCGAAGAUUUCAAGUUUUCAAGACAUCAUCUACCCGAGCCCCUGGUACUGGGCUGGUCGAGUAGUAUACGAUCAUUGGAAAGAUUAUGGCUGGAGCCGAAAGAACGGCACCUUGUAUUGGCGCGGGACCACAACCGGAGGGUUUUCAAGGGACGGAGGUUGGAGACGACAGCACCGACAGCGAUUCGUACAAAAGGUCAACGCCCUGGAUAUGGCUUUGAGACUAGAGCACAAUGGUAGUCUGGACUCGGAAGGAGCAUGGUUCCAAAAAAAGAUGUUGAGACAAGAUAUGAAGGACAAAUUCGAUGUCCACUUUACAGGAAUAGGGCAGUGCGACCCUGGAGACUGCGCAGCGCAAAAAGAAUAUUUUGAGCUGGCGCCACCUGUCGAGAUGAACGAUGCCUACAAGUACAAAUACCUUCUCGACAUCGACGGCAAUGCUUUUUCGGGCCGGUACUAUGCAUUCCUGCUCAGCAAGAGUCUGGUCUACAAGCUCGCCAUCUUCCGCGAAUGGCAUGAUGAGUGGCUGAAGGCUUGGGUGCACUACAUACCCUUAUCAUGGAAAGGGGAUGAGUAUGUGGAGAGUGUCCGAUACUUUGACCAGGAAGAAAUUGGGAAGACACAGGCGAAAAAAGUUGCGGAGCAGGGGCGAGAUUGGGCGGGGAAGGUGUUGAGGAAUGAGGAUCUGGAAGUCUGGUAUUUUCGGUUGCUGUUGGAGUAUGGCCGAUUGGUUGACGAUGAUCGAUACAAUAUCGGCUAUACCAUGUAG